AUGACACUAAGGCAGCAUCACAUAACUCAUGAAACCAGAAAGAAACGAAACACUCAUUAUAGAAUACUAAGAUCAUGUCUCCUGUUCGGGAUAUUUCUUGUCAUAUUACUGCUGGCCCUUUUGCUAGCGACACAUCCGUCCAUUACCUCACAGCUACGAUUUCCAUCUCGAGAGAAACAAAGUGCAGCUUCGAACUCACUGGGUAAGUUCAAGUUGAUACAAGUACAUCGACACGGUGUCGGUGAAGAUUAUCAAUGGCAUAAGAGUAUAGAUGUAGAUGAUGAAUUCAUCUUCCAGGCUAAUAAGUUAUAUCAAGAGGAAGUUAGUGCUCUUGGAACCUCAAGUGCGGAUGAGUUAUGGACGUCCCACGAAAAUUACUCGACCGACUCUCCAUUUUCUUAUGCAUUUGAUUUAAAGGGGACCACUAUUAAUUUGAAGAGGAUGGUGGAUAGAGACCCUGAAAUGGUUGAAUCAUACUUAGAUUUUGCUAUGCGGUCGCCUAGGUUGGCUGCCAAAGUAGAACUGGAAUGGCAGGACGAAGACGUGUUCGCUCCAGAUGUAACGGAUAAGGAAACUGUCAUCUCAUUAGCGUUAAUGUCUUCAAAUGCAUAUGUGGCAAUUCCACAUACUGGUAACUGGAGGAAUGUAUCUGCACCAUGGAAUGGAUCAGAAUCUCAAAAUUUUGGGUGGGAUGGCGAUGGAUUGAGAGGUCAUGUUUUUGCCAAUGAGAAGGAUAAUAUUGUAGUCAUCUCAAUUAAGGGAACAAGCGCUCAGGGAAUUCCGGGUUCUGGAGUUGAUGAAACUACUGUCAAUGAUAAAAUUAACGAUAAUUUACUGUUUUCCUGUUGUUGUGCCAGAGUCAGUUACUUAUGGACCACAGUAUGCGAUUGCUAUACCAAAUCAUACACAUGUGAUGAGACAUGUCUCGAGAAGGAACUUAGGCGGAAGGACAGGUAUUUUUCGGCCGUUACGGACAUUUACAGAGACGUAUUAGAGCAAUAUCCAACUGCGAACAUAUGGAUGACUGGGCAUUCUCUAGGUGGUGCCUUAGCAAGUUUAAUAGGCCGUACAUUUGGUUUACCCGCUGUAUCAUAUGAAGCCCCCGGAGAGUAUUUGGCUGCCAAGAGAUUACAUUUACCGUUCCCACCGGGAUUACCCGCUUACAUGGAGGGUGUUUGGCAUUUUGGUCACACAGCAGAUCCUAUAUUUAUGGGUACAUGUAAUGGUGCAAGCUCCAGUUGUUCCCUUGUUGGUUAUGCCAUGGAGACUUCAUGUCACACUGGGAGAGUAUGUGUUUACGACGUGGUGAAUGAUAAAGGUUGGCGUGUAAAUAUGUUGAAUCAUCGAAUCCAUACUGUUAUUGACAAGAUCUUGACAGAUUAUGAUGAGGUUGCAUCAUGUAUACCCCCUGAGCCCUGCGUCGACUGCUAUAAUUGGAAAUUUACGCCAGAUACGAACCCAGAUCCAUCAUCAUCAAGCAAAGCUACAACGAGUACCACUCUAACUCGAACAUCACCUGCAACUACUACUACAACGGAAACUGAUACAAGAACAAGCUGUGUCGGGAGGAAUUGGUUAGGUAUAUGCACGGAAUACAGAUAG